AUGGCAAAGACACCAAGUCGGAGAGGAGGCGAAAUUCCGUGUACCGUAAUGUCGAUCCUACAUUCAGAUGGAACUGAUAUGGCAGGAAUUGAUUUUAAACCCAAAAUCGAUUCUCGAACACAAAGUAAGUAUGACGAUGACAGCAAUAACGACGAUGACAGCGAGGACAUAACUGGUCUUAGUUUUGUUUUUCAUUGUAUGUUGAUUUUCGUUGGAAUAGUUGAAGUUGUACUUUGA